AUGUCCAAGGACAAGCGAAGAAGCAUCUUCGGCCGCAGUGGUCUGACAGCCCUCACUGGUCUGCAAAGUAGCAGCAGUAAGGAUGAAUCGCAACCUUCAACUCUGCUGCGGAAGCGGCGGACCGCAUCCUUCAUGUCCACAAUCUCCGACAUAUCGCAGCAUGGAGACAAGCAGUCCCUCGAUGGCACUACCAUAACAGAGACUCCCGCGCCCGGAUCGCCCAGAACAACCAUAUCGCGAGGCAGUCUGAAGCGCGCAAGUUCUGUCUUUGGCUCCAUCCGCGGGUCCAGGCUGCUAGACGAGGACGAGCCGCUCUCUGCGACAUCCACGCGCAACUCGACUGGGUUUGGCGAGUACCUGGCUGAGGAUACCCGCGUGGGGCAGGUACUGCACUAUGGCGAGGUUCAGACGAGCAGUUCCAUGUUUCGGAAGAAGAAGGAGUUCUUGGUCUUGACGGAGAAACACCUCAUUCGGUACAAGACGCAAUCGAAAGCGGCAGAGGCUUUCCCAGCCCAGAACCCUUCGACUGGCUCCUCGCACGACAUCCAGUCUGUCGCAUCAGAGUCUUCGGGAGAUCGCGACCUGGGCACACCGCUGCGGCACAUUGUCGCUGUGUACCAUCUCGACGAUGGCCGGCCACACUUUGCUAUCGAGGUUUACUGGAUGGACGACGACUCCAACCAUGCUGCAUGCUUGACUCUACAAUUCGCCGAUCCCGAUGACAUGUACACAUGGCUAGCCAAGCUACGGGACGCUGCGAAUCACGCAAGAUUGGCCAAUGCGAAUCCGCUAUCAGCGUACAACUCGCAUCUGGCUGCUCGCGUGGUAGAAGCAGAACGCGACUAUGUUCCUCCACACUAUGCCAUUUACAGGGUUGUGCUUCGGCCGCAGGGAAAGGCCACCUCACGGUCAUCUUCGGACGACGUUACCAAGGCAGCUUCUUCGGUCUGUUUCCUCGCCAUUGGCGUUCACAAAGUACACUUGAUCCCACUGUUCAAACCGUCGUCUCAGCGGGCGUCUAGUCCAUCUUUGACUUCCUCUAGUGCGCAGUCAUCGCACGGCAUCAUGACUCUGACCGAAGUCUGUGUGAGCGACGUCGACGAUACAUUUCUUCUCACCUUCCGUCUUGAGCUGCUAGCGGUAAUGCGCUCGUUGCGAUACAACGAAACAUUCGUGGGCAUCUCAUUCAAAGGCAUACACUUGGAUGUCUUGAAUGGCCUCCAAGAUCCAUAUGGGGCUGAGCAUGUAUGCAUGAAGACAAAGCGUGGCACAUUUGCGCGCCUUGAAGUUGAAGAGUUUGAACAGGCGUGUCUGUUGGUGCAAGAGAUACGUGCUCUGGCUCUGAGCAAUCGCAAACUCAGGAGACUCGACUUCACUUCUUGUAUCACAAGGCGACGGCGGGGCCACUUGGACACCGAGGGCAGUGGUAGAGAUGGGGGCUGCGGCAUCGUGGAAGCGCUGUUUCCACUGUGCAAGUAUCAGAAUACGAACGUCGACUGGAUUGCUUUGAAUAACAUUCCACUGGGCGAGACCGACCUGGACUACCUGGUAGCAGCUGCGGUCGAGCGGAACUGCCAUCUGCGGGCGCUUGAGUUGAGCGGCUGCGGUCUCAGUGACCGUGCACUAUCUCUGGUCCUCGAUGCUCUGCGGGCCCAGGAAAACACACUCGAGGCACUUGAUUUAUCCUCCAACAAUUUCAGGAUUUCGCCGACUAUCUUUGACUCUCAGAUUGGUAUAUUUGGCUAUCUGACCAAGCUCAACUUGUCCCACAUCGCUGUCUCAGCCGGUUCAGAGCCGAUGAUAUCAGUAGAAACGAUGCAAGGAUGGAGGCUGCAAGAACUGGUUUUAAGUGGGACGCAUUUGAAUUCUCCCAUGGUCGAUGCAAUAGCCAGCUACCUAGUGAACUAUAAGCAGUCGAAGGGGCUGCGGGAACUUCGCUUGGAUCAUUGUUAUCUCACGGGAAAAGACAUCGCUUACUUGUUGCAAUCUAUGACUGAAACACCGGGGAAAGCUCGUGAGCUUCAUCUUGAUGUCAGCGAGAAUUAUAUCGAACGGGAUCUGAAGAAGUUUACCAAAGCAAUUGCUGGCGGCUAUGCGCCGUCUAGCUUAGCAGUGCGCCUGAUCGAGUUUGAGGAAGAAGCAGAAUUCCGAAGGAUGAUCCUCGCUUUCGGCGCAAACAACACCAUCCGACAACUCGACAUCUCUCGCGCAUCGCUGCCCUGCGAUGCCACAGAAGACACAUGCCAGGCUAUGGAGAGGAUGUUUGCGGACAACACCGCCCUUGAAUGGCUGGACAUGUCUGGAGAGGACUCUCGCCUGGAAACGACCAAGCUCGGCGUGGGCAUCAAUAAGGCACUGCGAGGGUUGCAGCGCAACCGCACCCUGCGUGUCUUGUACAUCAAAUGAGACCAGAAGCUUGGCGUGCAAGGCGCGAGCACUCUUGCCGACGUUCUCAAAGUCAACACGAGCUUGCAAUAUCUUUACUGCGAGAACAACGGCAUUGCAUUGACCGGCUUCACUGACCUGGUCAAUGCUCUACACCGCAACACGACGCUCUUGUAUCUUCCAUCAAUGCUGGAAAGCAGGCAGAUGGCGCUCAAGCAGACCGAGGACCAGGUGAAACAAAUGCGCGACGAAGUCUCCAUACAUACACAAUCCAAAGGGCAUUCAGUAAGAAGUAAGCUCGCAAAUAAAGUAGCGGGGAGAGCACCCAAAGACAAGGCACAUUCGUCCGGACUAUCGGAUCAAGAUAUCAAAGCUGCCCUAGGUCUAGUCGAUGAGAGCUGGGCACGACAAGAAUACCGCUUACAGCAAUAUUUGCUGCGCAACUACAACAUUGCUCAUGGCAUACCCACGGCUAUGGAUGUGGAUGAGGAGGACUUCGAACGACCGGACACGGCCACGAGCUUAGGCAAGAUUAUCGAGAAGGUCAAAUUCGAGAGUACGCCUACAACCGAGAAAGACCUGCAGCUGGGGUUCGACACUCCUAACGCCGAAUACGAAGCCGUCUCGCCAAUGGAGAAAGAUCUUGAAAUGUCGUUCUCGCACAGUCGGCGACCUUUUGCAUCGAGGACCUGAUCUGUGAAACCACCCUCGUGCCACCGUUCACUGGCUCCGACCAACCACUUUUUCGACUUCGCUGUACUAUACAUUUCUUCUGGUUUCUGCAUAUGUUCCUAGUUCAGGAUUUUGGAGUUCUCUAACCAUGCAACAAUAUAGGCGCGCACAUGAAGGAUGGCAUUGGGGGCCCACGAUCUGCCUUUCUGGUCUCUGGCUUAGUCAUUCUGUACCGACUGGAUACCUAUUGGUUUAGCUUUUGUGCCAGCUUGGAUGAUACCAUAUAGAUGCCUACAUGCUUGGAUAGGCUUCUUCUUGCGCAAAUACCAUGAAAUUUUUAGGUUCCACCA